UUUUCUUGUCCCAUCGUCAUCACCAUUCACCACCUUCAUUUCUACUCCCAACGCUUACCCACACAUCUACCUGUAAUCCACUAAUCCCCUUAAAUAUCUUCAAGAUUCAUCUUCUUCGAUCCCUGGGUUUCUUUUCGCUUUUUGUUUCAAGGUUUCAUUUCCCCUAAAUUUCAAAACUUUUCACCAAUUUUCACAUUCAAUGAUGAAAUGUUUGAGCAUAUUUCAUUCAAAAUCUUCACCGGAGCCAAAAGAAGAAAAUCCUCCAAGUAAGCCAAAAUCAGAAACAAGAUCAGUCAAGUCAACAGGCUCAAUCUCUUCCCCAAGGAACAUACCAGAAAUCUACAAAGAAAAAGAGCACACCUUGACGAAAUUUUCAUUUUCAGAUCUUAGGAAUGCUACCAGUAAUUUCAACAAGCUUUUAAAGAUCGGAGAAGGUGGGUUUGGGUGUGUUUACAAAGCAAGAAUCAGACUUUCUGAAACUCAAAAGGAUCCUCUUGUGGUUGCCAUUAAACGGCUUAACAAACAGGGCAUGCAGGGUCAUAAAGAAUGGCAAACAGAAGUUCAGUUUCUUGGCGUGGUCGAUCACCCCAACCUUGUAAAACUUCUGGGAUAUUGCUCUGUUGAUGGUGAUCGGAUGCAAAGAUUACUGGUUUACGAAUACAUGCCAAACAAAAGCUUAGCAGUUCAUCUUUUUAGCCAAACUCUGCCACCACUUCCAUGGAAAACGAGGCUUCAAAUCUGCCUUGGUGCAGCCGAGGGUUUGGCUUAUUUGCACAAAGGGCUGGAAAUUCAGGUGAUAUUUCGUGAUUUCAAGACUUCGAACGUGUUAUUGGAUGAAAAAUUCAACCCGAAGCUUUCUGAUUUCGGUCUUGCUAGAGAAGGUCCUCAAGGAGACCGAAGUCAUGUAUCUACAAUGCCUGUUGGGACGUAUGGAUACGCUGCCCCAGAAUACGUCGAAACGGGACAUCUGAAAGCGAAAAGUGAUGUAUGGAGUUUUGGAGUUGUACUGUUUGAGAUCCUAUCGGGCAGACAGGCAGUGGAUAGAAACCGACCGAAAGGCGAACAAAAGCUUAUUGAAUGGGUCAAACUAUUCCCUGCUGAUAGCAAGAACUUUCGGAUGAUUAUGGACAAAAGAUUAAACAAUAAAUAUUGUGUGGAUGAUGCUAGAAGCAUUGCAAAAUUAGCUGUUAGGUGCUUGUAUAAGAACCCUGAUGACCGACCUACAAUGAGCCAAGUGGUCAAGGGGUUGAGAGACGUGAUCAGUGACUCCCAAAUUGGACUUGUAUAUGACAAAUAGAGUCAUGUUUUUGAGUCAUUUGUAAAGGUUCAUGUAUCUAUGAGUAU